UCUGUGCUGACAGCUCCGAGUCUGCUUCAGAUUCUGUCUCUCCCUCUCUCUCUCUGUCCCCUGCCAACUCGUGGUCUCUUUCUGUCUCUCUCACUCUCUAUCUCAAAAACAAAGAAAGAAAGUCAUCAAUCUUUUCAAAUACAGCCCUGGGUGGCCCGAAGAUUGAUUCUCACAUAUAAAAUGAAAGACCUUCUAGGAAUGAAGGAAAUUUACCAGAAUUUACUUUGGUGGAAUGUAAUAGAAGGGCCUAUUACAGAGAUAAUCUCUGAAGUGAUCUGUUUCAUGGUCCCAUGAUUCCAUGACUUUACAGUCACCAAGGAAGGAGGUAGGAAAGGUGCAUUCACUUACUUUGGGAAAAUGAGUAAUAGAGGGUCCCCAGUAGGGUUCCUCUAUAAUUAUUAAUACUGGGGAAGAAGACAGGACAAAGGGUGAGGUCUCACUGACAGAUGAGGACACUGUAGAUCUGAGGAAUUGGUGACCUAUCUUGAGGGUUAGGAACCUCAUCUGCUCCAGCCUACAAGACUCUGAGAAACGAGCCAUCAAGUAAGAAGAGACAAAUCUGAUUUAUAGAGGAAAGAAACCUCAAGGGUAAGGAAAGGCUUCAGCCCUUCUGUCAGCCUGAGAGGGAAGAAGGGCUGGCAGGGCGGGGUGGGGCGGGGCUUUCCUUGGAGGUUUUGGGCUGAGUCCUUCCUUCCUGGUCCCCCAUUGGGUCAGUGGCUCCUGCAGUCCUGCCAGUGAGGGACAAAUGAGAAGAGCUGUUGAUUUUUCCCCCUUGGCCAUUCAGAAUUUCCCCAAGUAAAUACUGAGAAAGACCCUGCCCUCUCCUCACUUCUCUGGAGUUGGCCCUGGGCUGGACCUGGUCCCCUGGGGGUGAGCAGGGCCAUGGGAGACCUGUUUAUGCUCAGGGUGGCUGUUGGCAUAUGUUAUGCCACCUUCAGUGCCUCUGCCUGGUAAGUCCUUGCCCCCCCCUCUCCUCCACCACUCCCCACCAAGGAAACCCCCAUUAUAUCAUCCCCAUUCACACUUGCCUCACUUUUCCUCUUUUUGAUAGGUCAGUGAACAAUUUCCUGAUAACAGGCCCUAAGGCCUAUCUGACCUACACUACUAGUGUGGCCCUGGGUGCCCAGAGUGGCAUUGAGGAGUGUAAGUUCCAAUUUGCUUGGGAACGCUGGAACUGCCCGGAAAAUGCUCUCCAGCUGUCCACUCACAACAGGUUGAGAAGUGCCACCAGGGAGACUUCCUUCAUUCAUGCGAUCAGCUCUGCUGGAGUCAUGUACACCAUCACCAAGAACUGUAGCAUGGGUGACUUUGAAAACUGUGGCUGUGAUGAGUCAAAAAAUGGAAAAACAGGAGGUCAUGGCUGGAUCUGGGGAGGCUGCAGCGACAAUGUGGAAUUUGGGGAAAGGAUCUCCAAACUCUUUGUGGACAGCCUGGAAAAGGGAAAGGAUGCCAGAGCCCUGAUGAAUCUUCACAACAAUAGGGCAGGCAGGCUGGCAGUGAGAGCCAUUAUGAAAAGGACCUGCAAAUGUCAUGGCAUCUCUGGAAGCUGCAGUAUCCAGACAUGCUGGCUGCAGCUGGCUGACUUCCGGGAGAUGGGAGACUACCUGAAGGCCAAGUACGAACGGGCCCUGAAAAUCGAGAUGGAUAAGCGGCAGUUAAGGGCUGGGAACAGUGCUGAGGGCCACUGGGCACCCACUGAGGGAUUCCUUCCUAGUGCAGAGGCUGAGCUGAUCUUUUUGGAGGAAUCACCAGAUUACUGUACCCGCAAUUCCAGCCUGGGCAUCUAUGGCACAGAAGGUCGGGAGUGUCUGCAGAAUAGCCACAACACAUCCAGGUGGGAGCAACGCAGCUGUGGGCGCUUGUGCACCGAGUGUGGCCUGCAGGUGGAGGAGAGAAGAACUGAGGCUAUCAGCAGCUGUAACUGCAAAUUCCAGUGGUGUUGCACAGUCAGGUGUGACCAGUGUAGGCAUGUGGUAAACAAGUACUACUGCACAAGCUCCCCAGCCAGUGCUUGAUAGCACCCCACUCAAAUUCACUUGCUCAGUUGCAUGACAAUGGAAGCGGACACAGCUUCUUUCGCAGAGAGAGUGAAUUCGAAAACAACUGGAAUAUCACAGGGUUGGCCUGUAGUCGUCUUCGUAUCUGCUAUUCAUGGGGGGAAUGGAGGCCCACGGUUAUACAGCAUAUUCUCCACAGAGUUGAAAUUGGAACCUGGGUUUCUAACUUGGGCAGACCCCAUUUCAUCUUUCUUGUAAGUUAUUUCCUGGUCUUUGUGCCUGUACUUUUGCAGCUUGUUAAAGGGGAGUUUGGUUUGAGGGUCAUAUACAGAAGGACGCUCAAAGUACUUGUUGCUGUAAGUUUCAAAUCACAUCCAACCCAGCUGUGCUGCUGAGAAUCAGAGGGAAUCAAAGAGUUCUGACAAGACUCCUGAAGGAGCAACCUUCCCCUGUGCUGUCUGGCUCCAGGAAGACCAACUAUAUGUUCAUGAAGACAGAUAAGUGGGGCAGAGACCUUAUAUCUGCCCAGU